CUGGCGGAAAUAACCGGGCGUCGUGGUGGUGGUGGCGGGGGGGAGUGCUGAAGCAGCGCGAGCAGGGGGAAGCAGUUGUGAUUUGGGCUCGUGUCGCUAACUGGCCCCGAUGGCGUAUCAGUACCGGCCGCAGCAGCAGAACAACGGCCUCCCCGACCAAGGCUUCCUCUGGAACGUCUUCCAGAGGGUUGAUAGAGACCGAAGUGGUGUUAUAUCUGAAAGUGAGCUUCAGCAGGCUUUAUCCAAUGGAACAUGGACACCCUUCAAUCCAAAGACUGUUAGGUCCAUUAUAGGAAUGUUUGACCGGAAUAAUAGAGGAGGAGUGGAUUUCAAUGAAUUCAUGGGUCUUUGGAAGUACAUAAAUGACUGGCAGAACAUCUUUCGAACUUAUGACCGAGACAACUCUAACUUCAUUGACAAAAAUGAACUUAAACAGGCAUUAUCAGGUUUUGGGUACCGUCUCUCAGACCAAUUCUACAAUGUUCUUCUUAGUAAAUUUGACCGACAAGGAAGAGGACAGAUAGCCUUUGAUGAUUUUAUUCAGUGCUGCAUUGUCUUGCAGAGGCUUACUGAUGUAUUCAGGCGAUAUGAUACUGACCAGGAUGGCUGGAUUCAAAUUUCAUAUGAGCAGUACCUCAACAUGGUCUUCACUGUACUAUAAAUGUUUGCUACUAUAUAAACCUUUGAUUAUAUGACUAUAACCAACUUUUGAGUCAGUUGAUUUUACCUGAUUAUCAUAUCACAAUUUAGACCUAACUCAGAACACAUUUGAAAUUAAACACUGGUGUAAGUUUUGAGGCAUGAUCUGUAAGAAAACAUUGACAAAAUUCACUUUUUACUUUGUAACAGACACAUUAACUACUUUAAUACUUAUAAUUGGUUUAAUGCAUGCAGGUAGAUGUACCAUACCAUAUCCUAUUGCAUCUGCAACAAAUCUGAGUUUUGAUAACUAGUUUAGAUAGAUGUACAGCAGCCAAGGCUAUCUAUAGCAAGAAAAAGCUUUUUUAAAUGUUAUGCAUGGUGCCUUAUGAAAUUUCCUUAUACAAAAUGAUGCAUUGUUUUAAUAUAAAAUAUUUUGUUAAAUAAUUGGUCUGAACUGAGUAAAUUUGUAAUGCAAAAUAACCUAGGCAAGCUUGCGCCUUGGUAAAUUUAGUUAUUUCAUUUUAAAUGCCCAACUUUAAUUUUAUUAGCCAACAAUUAUGUUAAUAGUUCUACAGUGGAGAUUGUUAUAUGGUUUAAUAUGAAAAUCUAGUUAAGUAUCAUGUAAUGUCCACAGACUCAUGUCCAUAACCCUGAGCUGUAUUUAGCAGAGGAAAUGCCAUUUGAUAUUUGCUCUUGUAUAUGCAAAAUGCUCUGUAUAAACAAGUAGAAGUGGUGCCAAAUGUUUAUUUACUGUAACAUUUAUAAUGUAAACCUAUUACAAAUAAAUCUUACUUUUCAAUA